UGUCUGUCUGCUUUAUUUUAUCCUGGUCCUGGUCCUGGUCCUGAUCCUGAUCCUGAUCCUGAUCCUGAUCCUGAUCCUGAUCCUGGUCCUGGUCCUGAUCCUGAUCCUGGGUCUAGUCCUGGUCCUGGGUCUGGUCCUGGGUCUAGUCCUGGUCCUGGGUCUGGUCCUAGUUCUGGUCCUGGUACUGGUUCUGGCCCUGGUCCUGGUCAUGGUCCUGGUUCUAGUCCUGGUCUUGGCUCUGGCCCUGGGCCUGGGCCUGGGUCUGGGUCUGGGUCUGGGUCUGGCCCUGGCCCUGGUCCUGGUCCUGGUCCUGGUUCUAGUCCUGGUCCUGGUCCUGGCUCUGGUCCUGAUCCUGGGCCUGAGUCUGCUUCUGGUCCUGGUCCUGGGCCUUGGUCUGGUCUUGGUCCUGGUUCUAGUCCUAGUCCUGGUCCUGGUCCUGGGUCUAGUCCUGGUCCUGGUACUGGGUCUACUCCUGGUCCUGGGUCUGGUCCUAGUUCUGGUUCUGGUCCUGGUCCUAGUCCUGGUCAUGGUUCUAGUCCUGGUCCUGGGUCUGGUCCUAGUUCUGGUUCUGGUCCAGGUCCUGGUCCUGGGCAUGGGUAUGGUCCUGGUCCUGGUCCUGGGCAUGGGCAUGGGUCUCGUCCUGGUCCUGGUCCUGGCUCUGGUCCUGGCUCUGGUCCUGGUCCUGGCUCUGGUCCUGGUGCUGGUCUUGGUUUUGGUCCUGGUCCUGGUUCUAGUCCUGGUCCUGGUUCUAGUCAUGGUCCUGGUCCUGGUUCUCAUCCUGGUUCUGGUCUUGGUCCUGGUUCUGGUCCAUCAGGACUAACCCUGAAUGAAUCUGUGCUUUAUUUUAUCUGUUUAUAAUCUUUGGAUUUUAAUUGUUAUUUAAUAAAAACUAUUCAGAUCCA